GAAAUAUAAUAAUGGAAAUAUAAACAACAUAACAACAAAGAAAAGAAGAAGAAAAUUAAAGAAAUUUAUCAACAAUAAAAUUAAUAUUAAGAGAGUUCAAUGGAAUGAACAUGUUCAGACCUCUUCACAUUGCACAUGCUAGUCACUGGUUGCACUGCAGAAUGCACGACACUUGGGCGAGAAUGUUGCUCGCUGCGGCCGCACUGGUAUUUCUGGCCGUCACUGCAGAUGCCCGUGGUUCAAGGCAAGCAAGGUGCGAGUUCAGGACGAGGUGCGUGGCCGUCGACUCCUGUCCCGACAUCGACCGCCUUAUCGCCUCACCGGAUGCCCACAAUACACGGAAAGGCCCAGCGGGACCGAACCACAGCGGUGAAGAGGUUAAGCGAGUAUGUUGUGACGACGACCUGACCAACAUCACGACCUCGCUCACGACCACCGCCUCCGAGGUCGCAGUUCCCAAGGACGACCCGCUGUUGACUCGCGAGUGCGGCUUCGGAGCGAGAUUAAAGCGUGAAUAUGCCGCUCCUGGGGAUUACCCGUGGCAAGCCCUUCUCGGAUACUCAGAUUCAUCGUCAGGAAACAAAAGCCCAACUUGGGACUGCGGCGGAGCGCUCAUCACAAGCCGCCACGUCCUCACAGCCGCUCACUGCGCUGCCACUGAGAACGCGACGGGCAGAAAGCUAGUGGUCGUACGUCUGGGCGAAUUCAACCUGACUUCAAGGAUAGAUUGUUUGAUAGGCACAUGUUUAUUGCCUCACGAAGACUUCUUACCCGAAGCCGUGAUCAUCCACCCUCACUACGGCAGUCCUUCUCCUCGAGCCAACGACCUUGCCCUUGUAAAACUCGACAGAGAAGCUGUCAAUCGAUACGGUAUUUCUCCUGUCUGCCUACCGCCUGAAGACCUGCAGCUGGAGUCCUAUUAUCGUUAUGGUGGAUUGGAGACGCCUGGGUGGGGCACGGUGGGAUUUCGGGGACCAGCUUCCGAGGACUUGCAAAGUGGUUCCGUUACAUUGGUGAGCCUCAGCCUGUGCAAAGGGCGUGAGGCGCGGGAGGAAGUGGUAUUCGUCGAAGGAAAGCCUACUGGCUUUGGUGACCCUUGUUUUGGAGACACAGGAGGUCCCUUAACGACGGAGUUUGCCCGUAACACAUUGAUUGGCAUACACGCAUUCGGCAAUGUGUGUGGACUGGCUGCCUACACCAACGUUGCAAAAUACACACCGUGGAUUAUAGAGAACCUCCGUUAUUAGAUUUAAGAGGAAAGUAAUUUGCCUGAACCUUUGACAUUUUGAGUAUCUUGAGAAAUUUUAUCUACCGUUUUUUAUUGUUAUUACCAUUAUAAUUUUUACUUAAUUAUCAUCGUUAUCAUAAUUCCUUUGAAAUGGCUAGAUUGCCACAAAUGUAGUUGAAAUAAAGGGUUAUCCCCAAUAAUAAUAUGAUAAUAAAAUCAGAUUAAUAA